AUGAGAUAGCAACAAAGAAUUUAUUUCAGCUUAAGAUUAGUUGAAUAUUUUUUCCUAUUCAUUUCUGCUACAAUUCCUUAAUUCAAAUAGUUGUCAAGUAUAAAUGUAAUAGUUAUUAUUUUAAAGGAGGAAUUUCAAAAGGAAGAAAAGCCUUUAAUAACCUAAAAGUUUUGAGAAUAUCAAGAACUUCAAUAUUUGGAUAUAUUUAAUCUGUUUAUUUACUUGUUGAUUAAAUUUGUUUUAUUUAAUAUGUUAGUGGAUAUACAAUUAUACCAAUGGAUAAAUUAUGUAAAACCUUAUGGACAAUAGUGAUCAUUCUUAAACCAAUUAAUUAAAAAAGCAGUUCUUUGAUAGGAAUUUUUUUAAUAGGGAAGUUUUUAGAUGGUCUAAUUGGAUUCUCAUCUUCAUAUAUCAUGUUGUUUGAAAUACCAGUAGCUAUAGCAGGAUUGUUAGGAGUUGGUUCCAGUUUGAUUUAAUUAUAUUUAAUAUGA